AAAAUUAAAAUUAUCUUAUACAAUAUUUUUGAACUACUUGAAUUUUUCAGCACGGAUGGGAAUAAUAUUUUUGUAUUUAUUUAUCUACCUUCUACUAACCUACCUUUCCCCUUUUUUGUUAUAAUAAAACUGGCGAUUUUUACAUUUCUGGAUUAAAAAUAAACCAGCGCAAAACAAAAGGUAAUAAAGACAGUACAAAAGACAGUAAUUUGACACAUUUUUUUAAAUUUCUAUGUUACAGUUUCUUGUAAACUUCCACUGAUUUUUAUAAUUUAACACAACAAUGUCCGUUUAAUUAUUUUACAAAUUGAUAAAACUUUUUAAGUUUGAGCUAUAAAAUUGAAAGGUGAAAUGGCAUUGGACAGGCAAAGAAUUUUAAAUGAACUUGGCAGUGUGAUGAAUCAAUUACAGAGUGCAGAUUGUGGUUGUAUGGGCAAAUUAUUUAGAGAUCCUGAACAAGAUUCGGCUCCUCGGCAAGUGGGAAGUCCUUUACCAACCUGUGGCGGAUGCAUACGGAACCGUUGCUGUGGCCAUGGACACAGAUGGAACCCCAAUGCAUCAUGUGGUGAACCGUAUCAAGGAAAUACGCCAAAUACAUAUACUCCAUGUAUGGCACGCUGUAAUCCACCAAAGCUUUAUGCUGACUCGUAUAAUUAUUUAACACAUAAUCUCAUGCAACCAACCGUUAGAGAAGUUUAUGAUGACUUAAAAAGCUUGACACCAGAAAACACUAUUGCAAACAAUCCAAUGGCAAAUCAAAUGGGCCUCUCAGCUAAUGGUUUAGUAGCUCAUAGUAAUGAAAUCAGUGAAAUGUCUAAAGUACAUAACAUGAAUGAUAGUAAUAUCGGCAACAUUAGUGCUGGAAAUCCUUAUAAUCAUUUGAUCGGUCAAACAGCUAAUGUUGCUUCAACACAUCAAACCAAUCCAAAUCAAAUAGGAGAACUAGGGGGAAUGGGACCUCAAAUUAUGAGCAUGGUUGGAGGCAACCCACAAAAUCAAAAAAGGUCUAAUAUUGGCCCAAAUGGUCAGCUGACGGAAUCGAUACUUAUUGACGCGCCACAAUCACCACAUGGACAAAUUGGUGUAAUGCCAGUAAGAACUAAUAAGGACCUUUAUAACACUAAUCUGCACGGUUAUUCUGGUGGUUAUAAUGCAAAUCAAACCAUGGUACAGCAAAAUAUGGAACAUAAUAUAGCAAAUAAUACAGGGAUCAGGGGCCCAGCUGCACAGCAAAUGGUGGAAGGCCAUCGUCACGGCCAUCACAGUCAAGGCGUUGCAAAAUUUAAUGAAAUUUUUCCAGGCGUUAUGAAAAACAUGGGCGGAGAUUUGGGCUUUGACCCCAUGGCAAUAGCUAUACAAAUGAAUCCAGCUAAUCAACAGCAAGCUGCUAUGAACACGAUGAAUAAAAUUAUGCAGAAAAAUGACCUUAAUAAAGUUUUCGACCAAUCUGCCAAUCCAGGUUUACUGGCACAAAAAGAACCACAGCAAAAUCAAAUCCUCAACAACAUUCCUUCAAAUCAAGUACAUCAAUCGUAUCCUCCGCAACAAAAUGGGAAUACUGUCCAGCAAAAUGCUAUGCCAACUAAUCAAAUGGCUUAUCAAAAUGCUGCUAACGUUUCUUAUCCUAAUGAGCAAUUAAAUACUACGCAGGUUUACGCUGUUAAGCCUGUGCCAAAUCAAAUUACAAGUUUGUCUGUUCAUCAACAACAUGAACAUCAAAACAUUAAUGAUCCAAAAACAGGUGCAGCUUAUGAAGAAACACCAGGUCCGCCAGCUUUAAUUCAGGAACCUCAUAAUGUGCCAAAAAUUAUACAAGAACCAAUAUUGCCCGCAGAUAAUUCUAGAUAUAUAGCCAAACAAACAAAGCAUUCUGAAUUUAACACUUUAGGUCAGCCAAUUGAAAAGUUUUCUGCGAAAAUGUAUCGGACACCAGAACCGAGUCUGCCACAAACUUUAUCACCACAAAACAUAUCUAAACAUGAAACUAAUAUUGCAAAGUAUUCUAAUGUGAAAUCUACAGUGAGUAAAACUUCAUUGAUGGGUGCUAAAGUUGGGAGAACGCCUAGUCAAUUGCAAACUAUUUAUAACCAAUAUAAAGGAUCUCAGUCCUUUACACAACAGAACAUAGGAGCAUCCGGAGUCAAUGGUGCCAGUCAUUCGGAAGGAAAACUAAAUGCUACUACUCUGUCAAGUAACCAACAGCGGCAAAUUCCGGUUGAAAAGAUUGGAGGAGAUACACUGGUAAAUAAUCGAGUAUCAGAUGAACGUGCUGUGAAAGUAGAACAGGUAAUUGGACAAAUUGGUGACGUACCAGCUGCAGUUAAAGCUACGGGCGAUGGCAAACAAGAUCAGAUUGCCCCAGUAUUUAAAAGGAACACCAGAAAUGGAUUGCAAGAUAUAGUUUACACCUCUUACCCACCAUCUGCUUGGACUUUCCACGGAGCCCGUCCGAGACCAAACAGCCCAGUAUCUCGUACAUAUGGUAGAUAGAAAAUAGGAAAAAUAUUACUUGUGAUUGUUUACUAAAUUAAAUUAUGACGUUGUUGUGUUGUAUAAAAUUGUAACGUGUUUUAGGUUUGAAAUAGAGGUUUAUAAAAGGAG